AUGCCUGCAUUUGACAGUGUCACUGCAGCACCCCUGCAGUCAACAGAUAAUGCGACUACAGAGCAGGCCUCUAUCCAGUUCCCACCUGUAACUAGGGAUCACAUUCUGAAUUGCUCUUAUGAUGCUUGGUUUCCCAAGUACCGCACAUCAUGUCUCAAGUCUCGCAUCAUCAAGCUCUCGCCAGAGUUUGUCGACUAUCUCCGAGAAGAUGGCAUAACUCUGGCUGAUGAGGCCGAGGACGACGAGGACGAUUGGGAACCGUCGAUUCCUACAGGAGUCUUCAAGGCGCCACAGCCCGAACCAGGACAGGACCAGGGAGAAGCAGAUUCGGAUUCUGACGACGAGGAUCGGGACCAACAAACCCCUGCUAAGCUUCCCCCAAACCGCAGGUUCCCGGAGCUGCACCAGAAAAUCAAGGAUGAGAUUAAACAGCUCGGCGGGGAGGUGGUGCCCAAGUUGAACUGGUCAUCGCCCAAGGACGCCACCUGGAUCAUGCUGGACAAGAACACGAUGCGCUGCACGACCCCAGAUGACGUGUAUUUGUUACUCAAGAGCUCCAGCUUCAUCAGCCACGAUCUCGAGCACGCAUUUGACGGAUGCGCAACGGCAUCACAGCAGCAGCAAACUACCCAGGACAGCAGUGCAGCAUCAAGCACAUCUAAACUUGGCUUCCAGCCCGUGCUAGUCCUGCGUCCAUACUUCAAGCCGCAGCCCUCGCUCGAGUUCCGUUGCUUCGUCAAGCAGAGGAAUCUAGUGGCCAUAUCCCAACGCGACCUCAAAAACUACGACUUCCUCGAUAGUCUGCGGCCCGCCAUCAUCGCCCGCGUGCGGGAGCUCUUCAACAAGGUCCUCCGCUUCACCUUCCCGGACGAUUCCUUUGUGUUUGACGUGUACAUACCCGAAGGCGACGACGACGAUGAUGACGAGACCGACUGCAGGCUUUCCAGGGCGAGGCUGAUCGACAUCAACCCCUGGGCACCGAGGACGGACUCGUUGCUGUUUGACUGGGAGGAGCUACUGGACCUGCGGGUGCCGAGACCGGUCCUGGGGACGAGUGGUGGAGAAGUUGGCGGUGGCGCGCCGGGCUUGGACACUCCGAGCGAGACGGACGAGACCACGGAUGACGAUGAAGACGAGGAUGACUUUGAGCCCGAGUUGCGACUCGUCAGCAAGGACGACCCGAUCGAGUCAAAUUUCCUCUCAUCGCAGUACUCUGCCCACAAGCUGCCCAAGGAGGUGGUGGAUGCUAGUGCUGCAGGCGAAGGUGGGAUGAGGGAGUUUGCACAGCAGUGGAACCAAAUGAUGGGAGCCAGGAAUGGAGGCAGUUAG